UUUUUUUAUCUUCUUGGACAAAAUCAAAGUAUGUAAGAUCGAAUGUGUUAUAAAAUCCUUGGACAACAGCUAACUUAAAAUAAUUAUUAAGGUUUGCUUUUCAUUGUCAAUUUCUUGUAAGACUCACCUCAUCCUCAUCUACAAGAAGCUACAGAUUAACAUUUCUUUGUAAUAUCUGUAACUGAAGGAGUUACAACAUGACCAAGGGCCCAAGAAUUCUAACACAAACAGAAACAACCAUGGCAAGAAAUAUUUUCUUCUCUGCAAUGGAAUGGGUGUAUGCUUACUCAUCAUUUUGGGAUGUAGCUCUAGCGUUGAUGGGACUCUUUGUUUUCAGUUGUAUACGUGAAAGACUCACUAAUAAAGGCCCUAUGCUAUGGCCUGUGUUGGGUGUCAUACCCACCAUGUUCCUCCACAUCAAUGACACGCUCAGUUUCGCCACCGGAGCUCUGAUCAACUCCGGUGGAACAUUCCGGUACAGGGGUGUCUGGAUGGGAGGGAGCCAUGGUGUCAUGACAGCUGAUCCUGUCAAUAUUGAGUAUAUGCUUAAGACAAAUUUCAACAACUUCCCUAAAGGAAAGUACUACAGAGACAGGUUUCAGGAUUUGCUUGGUGAUGGUAUUUUCAAUGCUGAUGAUGAACUGUGGAAGGAUCAGAGACGAACUGCGAAAACUGAGAUGCAUUCGAGCCGGUUCUUUGCUCAUUCGUAUCAAACUAUGCAAGAUCUUGUACACCUGAAGUUGUUGAGACUAACAGAGAAGCUGGUGAAGUGUGGAGAUAGUUUUGAUCUCCAAGAAAUUCUGCUUCGUUUUACAUUUGAUAAUAUUUGCAUAGCCGCUUUUGGAGUUGAUCCAGGGUGUUUAAACUUGGAUUUACCUCAAGUUCCCUUUGCAAAAGCUUUUGAAGAAGCAACAGAAUUAACUUUGUUCAGAUUCUUGAUGCCACCUUUCAUCUGGAAAUCCAUGAAGUUUUUAGGAAUAGGAUAUGAGAAGAAGCUCAGUGCAGCUAUUAAAACCGUACAUGAAUUUGCUGAGGAGACAGUGAAGGAUCGACAGCACGAAUUAAUCAAGCUUGGUAACUUAAAUGAUCACUCUGAUCUCUUGUCCAGGCUCAUGGACAUUGAAUACAAUGAAAAAGGCAAGAACAAGCAGCUUCAAUUCUCAGACAAGUAUUUUAGAGAUUUCUGUGUAAGUUUCAUCCUUGCAGGAAGAGACACAACUUCUGUGGCCUUGGCAUGGUUUUUCUGGUUAGUACACAACAACCCAGAAGUGGAAAACAAUAUUCUAAGAGAAAUCAACGAGAUUUUAGGUCAUCGAAUGUGCGAAAAAGAAGAUGAUGACAUUGUUUUCACAGUGGAAGAAUUGAAGAACAUGGUCUAUCUCCAAGCUGCAUUAUCCGAAUCCAUGAGGCUCUACCCAUCUGUUCCAACAGAAAUGAAAGAAGUCAUAGAAGAUGAUGUGCUUCCUGAUGGCUCUACACUUAAAAAGGGAGCCAGGGUUCUGUAUUGCAUCUUCUCAAUGGCUAGAAUGGAGGCUAUAUGGGGGAAAGAUUGCGUGGAGUUCAAGCCAGAGAGGUGGAUUAAAGAGGGGAAAUUUGUGAGUGAAAAUCAGUUCAAAUAUGCAGUGUUUAAUGCUGGUCCCAGGUUGUGCUUGGGGAAGAAAUUUGCAUACAUGCAGAUGAAGAUGGUGGCUGCUUCAAUCCUGUUGAGAUAUUCUGUUAAGGUAGUUGAAGGACAUGAUGUUGCUCCAAAGAUGACAACUACACUAUAUAUGAAGAAUGGUUUGUUGGUGACUCUCAAGCCUAGAUUGCUGCCUGCUGUGCACUUUACAGCAUAAAUUAUAAAAAGGCUCCCUGUCCCUUUAGUUAUAACUAAGCAAAUAAUGGCCUGUGCUUUUCCAACUUGUGUUCAAAAAUAAAUGAGUCUCGAUCACACAUAUGGAACUCCAUCCUUUCUGAGAUUUCAGAGUCCCAGAAAAAGAAAAACACUCCUUUUGUUUAUCAGACUUGAAAUUUCUCAGGCAAUCUUAAAGCAUUUAGGGUUUUAUUUUCUGUUUGGUAGCUCUGAAAGGUGAGGGAAAAUGGAAAGACAAGAAUGGAAAAUCUUGUGCAAGUUUGCUUUCAAAUUCCCAGCUUUUAGUCUGUUUCUUUAUUCAUUUACUUUUAGAUCAUUAUGGUUCAUCAAACUCUGUUGCUUGCUUCCA